AUGCCGCCUCCUAUUAACCAUCCCUCCCUCCGCCCCUACCCCGUCAAAGUCCACAACUACCUCCCCCGCCCAACUCCCGACAACCCCAACCAGGACCCCAAUCGCCCACUCCAAGUCUACGAACACCUCACUACUUUCUCCUCUCUUGACUCAAACCCCCAAAAUGCCCUGGUUUUCAUCGGCGGCCUGGGCGACGGCCCACAUACCAUCCCUUACGUCCGGCGUCUGGCUGAGCACCUCGCUACUACAGAAGGUGGCAAAAAGUGGGGGGUAUUUGAGGCGCGGCUGACCAGCGCCUUUACGGGGUUUGGGCAUUCGAGUCUGAAGCAGGAUGCUAAGGAACUCGGAGACCUGGUGCGGUAUCUUAGGAGUGAAGUUGUCGGAUCCAAAGGGAAGGUUGUUCUGAUGGGACACUCGACGGGAUGUCAGGAUUGUUUGGAGUAUGGGACAAAGUAUGGCCCAGAAUGGGAAGAGGAAGAGAGAGUGGAUGGGUUUGUGUUGCAGGGACCGGUGUCGGAUCGCGAGGCGGUAACAGUGAGUGAGGAUAUGGAGGAGGUAAGGAAGAGUUUGGCGGUUGCGAGGGAGAUGGUUGCUCAGGAGAGGGGGGAAGAAGUGAUCAGGAGGGAGGAGAUGCCUAAGGGGUGGAGGGCCAUUCCUGUGACAGCAGGGAGGUGGUGCUCUUUGGUUGAUAUUGGUGGUGAUGAUGAUUACUUUUCCUCUGACCUGCCGGACAGCACCCUUCAGCAAAUUUGGGGUAAAUUAUCCAAGCCUGUGUUGAUUCUACCAUCGGGAAAGGACGAAUGGGUGCCAGCUAAGAUUGAUGUUCCCGCGUUGAUGAAGCGGUGGAUGAGCUUCUGUGCCCCGGGGAUUGCGAGCCCACUGAGUGGCUUUAUUCCUGGGGCAAAUCAUCGGGUCGAUAACGAAGAGGGGAAAGUGUGGCUAAAUGAGACGGUUGGGAAGUUCUUGGAGGAAGUGGACGCGAGGGAGUGA